GGGGGGUAGGUUGGAGGGGAAGGUAGUCACGGAGGGGUGACAGCUACAGGAGGUGGAGGAUCCUGGAGGUAACAGCAAGGAGAGUACGCAACGGCGAGGGGCGGCUUCUGCGCCGACGCCGGGAGGUCAAGCCAGAGGAAAGCAGGGGAACGCUGCGGCGUUGCGGGCUUGCCCCGCCCGGGCGGGGGGUGCCAUGUCUCGAGAGCGGCCCCCCCGCACCGACAUCCCCCGCAACCUGAGCUUCAUAGCCGCAUUAACAGAGCGUGCCUACUACCGCAGCCAGCGGCCCAGCCUCGAGGAGGAGCCGGAGGUGGAGCCAGGCGAGGGUGGGACGCGCCUUGGGGCCCGAUCCCGCGCUCACGCUCCGAGUCGGGGUCGCCGGGCCCUUUCUGCACCUGCCGGAGGCGGCGGGGUCCGGGCGCCCCGCAGCCGCAGCCCGGACACCCGUAAGAGAGUGCGUUUCGCCGACGCGCUUGGGCUGGAGCUGGCCGCGGUGCGCCGCUUCCGCCCCGGAGAGCUGCCCCGGGUGCCCCGCCACGUGCAAAUCCAGCUGCAGAGGGACGCCCUCCGCCACUUCGGGCCGUGCCAGCCUCGCGCCCGCGGCCUCCAGGAGGCGCGCGCCGCCCUGGAGCCGGCCAGCGAGCCCGACUUUGCCGCCCGCUUGCAGGCGCAGCGCAUCUGCCUGGAACGCGCCGAGGCGGGCCCGCUGGGCGUGGCCGGGAGCGCGCGCGUGCUGGACCUGGCGUACGAGAAGCGCGUGAGCGUGCGCUGGAGUGCCGACGGCUGGCGGAGCCAACGCGAGGCACCCGCCUUGUACGCCGGCCCGGCACCGCCCCCGCCGCGCGCAGACCGCUUCGCAUUCCGCCUUCCCGCGCCACCCAUUGGGGGCGCCCUGCUUUUCGCCCUGCGCUACCGCGUGACCGGCCACGAGUUCUGGGACAACAACGGCGGCCGUGACUAUGCUCUACGAGGGCCCGAGCAUCCCGGGAGUGGCGGAAACCCGGAGCCCCAGGGAUGGAUCCACUUUAUCUGAGACGCCUGGGUCGACGGCGGGAAAACCAAAGAAGGGGUGGAGAACCUACUUCCUUUUCUCCAAGACCAUGAUUCAUCCACCUUCCUCCCUCAGGCUCCUUCUUGACAGUCUUCUAGAAGGGAGAAGAGGGAAAAGAAGCAGUUCCUGAUGCAGAUGAACAGCCGCUCCCAGGUAAACCAGCUCCCCCACACCCUUUUCUAUCUAUUACUAGUUUCUCAAAAAUGUGUGAAUCCCCCUCUUAUGACCGAGUCAGAGAGUGCAUGCAUACAUGCCCAUACAUGCAUUCGGAACAGAGUAUGGGGCAUGUUACCAGGCCCCUCCUUUCCAAAGCUUUAGUCCUUUGAAGGAAGAUGGCCAAAAGAGAGGAACCCCGAGUCGCCCCUCAAAGAAGUGCCGGUUU